CCAGGAGACUGCACGUGGCGGCGAAGGAUGCGGACGAAGUGUUUGUAUUUUGUGCUUUAUCGUGAAAGCAGUGUGACAAGGGCGUGUUCUGACACCUUGUCGUGGGCGUGGGAUGCCUGGCGCGUGUGCUGAAGGGCGUAGGCGGCGCUGCAAGGAAGGAUGGCGAAAAUACUUGAGGAAUGAUACUGAAAGAAUGCUGGGAGGUCCUGGGACGCUAGUGGUGGUGGUGGUGGUGGUGUCGGUGUCAGAUAUCGCGAGGGGAGAGACACUGCCUACUCUUACUCUUCAACCCCCUCAUAUGUUUACCCUCGCCGCCCCGAACACCUCCCCUCUCCCCGCCACCCGCGCCUACUCCACUGAGGAGGAAGGGGAGGGCGUGGAUGCGGAGGAGAGGGAGAAGGAGGAGGAGGAGAAAUCAAAGCCAAGAUUCACCUCCAAAAACGGUACAGUGAGCGCGUACCUCGGAGAACGCGCCUCGCUUGACUGUACCGUGACAAAACCGGCCAAUCUUUCUGUAUCGUGGUUACGUUUGGUGGAUGACCUUCUAGAGCUUCUCACCUGGGAGUCCAACACCUAUGCUAAUGACAACAGGUACUGGCUGAUGGAGCGAGCUGGGGACGGCUGGCGGCAGUGGCAACUAAUGAUACGAGAUGCUCAGGUGGAGGACGAAGGACAGUAUAGGUGUCAGGUAGCUACAGACCCUCCUAUGGUGCUCAUCAACACGCUACACGUCAUUGUCCCAGUGGCGCGGGUGGUGGACGAGAGGGGCACCAAAGUGGAGGAGAAGCAUUACAACAGCGGUAGCAUGAUUGAGCUCAAGUGUGUGGUGGAGAGAGUUCCCUUCCCCCACGGACCCAUCACCUGGAGAAGGGGCGCUACUGUCCUUACCUUCAACACUUCCAGGGGCGGCAUCAGUGUGAAGGGUGACGCCGCUUCGGGAUACAUCAGAUCACGCCUGUACGUAGCAGAUGCCGCGCCCUCAGACUCCGGCGUGUAUUCGUGCUGGUAUGGAAACAGCACGGCAGAUUCUGUGACGGUGCACGUGUUGGCAGGAGAAAACUCAGCCGCCAUGCAACACGACGCACUCCCAGACAGCAGCAGUGAGAAGCCUUCCUCGCAACCUGCUUCCUCUUCCUCCGCCUCUUCCUCCUCUUCCUCCUCCCUGCACUUGACUGGAACCUGCUGCCGCCUCCUGACUUCCAGCAUCGUUCCCCUGCUGACUCUGCUGAUCCUGCUGACUAGAUGAUGGAUCAGUGUUCUCCUGCUCUCCAUCCCACGUACAUAGUGUGUGUGUGUGUGUGUGUGUGUGUGUGUGUGUGUGUGUGUGUGUGUGUACGUAUAUAUUUGUACACAUUCACUAUAUCAUGUGUGUAGAAUCGUUAACUCUCAACGUGUGUGUGUUUGUUUGUGAUCCAUAUACAUAA